CUGGUGAGUGCUCGAAUAACGACUUAACGCAGCUUCUGAAUGCUUCUAAUUGAUCGGGAUUCGUACCAGAUUUAAUCAUUUUUUAGCGAUCAUCAACAUGGAACUGCCAGCGAUGCUUUUGCCGGCUUUUGAAGAAUUAAUCAAUCUAGAUGCUAGCGAAAGGCCAUUAGGAUCGAAAUGCCAUAUCCAUAUACUAGUUCAACCAAUUGAUAAAUAUGGAUUUAGAUACAAAUCUGAGCCAACUAUCUACAGAAGAUUAUUAGGAGAAGGUAAAAGUAUCGGUCAAUUGAAAAAAGCACCUACCGUGCAGAUGAUCAACUGUCCGUUUGAAAAGGCCAUCAUUAGAUGCAGUUUGGUUACUGCAGAUUCUAAUCGAUUUUUACAUCCGUACUGUUUAGUUCGCAGAAAUGAUACUUCAGAUCUCGAUAAUCACUACGACGAGGAAGUGUCUGAUAAAAAUAAUUUUACUGCAACGUUCGAUGACAUAAGAAUUAUUAUAACGAUUAAAAAAAAAAUUAGAGAAGUUAUGAUAACGAAGAAAAUUAACAAAUUGCUGGAAGAAAAAAUGCAAAACUCUCAAAUGCAUUUAUCAAAGUUAGACUUGACAGAGGAUGAAAUUUUACAAAUAAGAUUGACCACUGAAAAUGAAAUGAAAUGCAUCAAUGUCAAUAGUGCAUGCUUGAGUUUCCAAGGAUUUUAUUAUGGACCAAACAAUAUUUUAUAUCCAUUGACGGAUAGAAUCUACUCGCAAUCAGUAAAUAACUCAAGAAAUGCUUCGACGGGAAAACUCAAAAUAUAUCGGUCAAGUAAAAGUACCGGUUCCACCUUAGGAGACGAAGAAGUUUGGUUGCUCGUACAAAAAGUUGAAAAGACGAAUAUUAAAAUUAAAUUUUUAGAGGUGGACUAUGAUGGAGAACCAACUUGGCAAGCUGAUGGAAAAUUUUCAGAAUCGGAUGUACAUCACCAAGUUUUAAUUAUCUUUAGAACUCCGGCAUAUAAGAAUAAAAAUAUUAUAGAGCCAAAAAAAGUCUCGAUUCGAUUAUAUCGACCCUCUGAUGAUGAUGUAUCGAAUGAAAUUCAUUUUACGUAUAUUCCAAUGUGUGUCUCACAAAAUGAAAACUAAAAAAUAAUUUUCCGAAAAGUCACUGCAAUGUAUUUUUUUAUUGUACCUUUUUUUAAAACCUGCACUAUCGAAUUGACUUUUGAACAAGUGAUGCUUUGAUAGCUCAAACGACUGUAACAAAUUAAUCGAUAGUAAUAA